UAAAGUUUCCCACCGGACCCAUUUCGCCGUUGCACACAUUUUGGAAGAGUGCUUCGCAAGAAAUAACCCCACAAACCCCACAACAUUACAGUAAAGUCGACUGCGAUGGCCAAGCUCCAGGGCUUCGAGUUCUGGAGGACGACCCUGAAGGAGGCACGCUUCGUGGUGGCGCCCAUGGUGGACCAGAGCGAGUUGGCCUGGCGCCUGCUCAGCCGGCGGCACGGCGCCCAGCUCUGCUACACCCCCAUGCUGCACGCCCAGGUGUUCGUCCGCGACGCCAACUACAGGCGGGAGAACCUCUACAACGAGGUGUGUCAGGAGGACAGGCCGCUCAUCACGCAGUUUUGUGCCAACGACCCGGAGGUGUUCCUCCAGGCCGCCCUGCUGGCCCAGGACUACUGCGACGCCAUCGACCUCAACCUGGGCUGCCCGCAGAUGAUCGCUAAGAGAGGGCACUACGGAGCGUUCCUCCAAGACGAGUGGGAGCUGUUGGAGAAAAUGGUCAGGUUGGCGCACGAAAAGCUCUCCGUGCCCAUCACGUGUAAGAUCCGCGUGUUCAAGGAGCUGGAGAGGACGGUCCGCUACGCCCAGAUGCUGGAGAAGGCCGGCUGUCAGCUGAUUACGGUGCACGGCCGAACCAAAGACCAGAAAGGGCCCAUGACGGGCGUCGCUAACUGGGAGCACAUCAUGGCCGUACGGAAGGCAGUAAACAUUCCCGUGUUUGCCAACGGCAACAUUCAGCACUGGAGUGAUGUGGAGCGCUGCAUCCAGGAGACGGGGGUGCAGGGAGUCAUGAGUGCAGAGGGGAACCUCCACAACCCGGCUCUGUUUGAGGCGUGCAGCCCGCCGCCCGUGUGGGAGAUGGCGGAGGAGUACCUCGAGGUGGUGAAGCAGCACCCGCCCUGCACGCUGUCCUUUGUGCGAGCGCACCUCUUCAAACUCUGGCACCACACGCUGCAGAUCCACCAGGACCUCAGAGAGGAGCUGGGCAAGGUGAAGAACAUGGAGGGUCUGGCUGGAGUCAGCAAACAGCUGAGGCUGCGCUGCCAGGAGGAGAUCGCCAGAGGAACGCAGCUGGAGGGCGGCCUCCCGUUUCCCCACUGGAUCUGCCAGCCGUACUUCAGACCGCUGCCGAAGGAGCCGGACGGCGACGGCCCCGCGGCGAAGAAGCCGACGUCCCACAAGAGGGCGCUGGAGGACUCGGACGAGGCGACCGACGCGCUGUCGAAAAACAAGCAGAAGAAGAGAUCCCGAAACCCCAACAAGAACUUCUGUGCCGAGCAGAAACCCAAGUACAUCAAGUGUGAGCAGUGUGAGAACCCAAAGGGGAAUAAAUGCGUGUUCGACCUGUGCCGAGCCUGCUGCAAGAAGAAGGCCUACGGGGAGGUGGCCGACUGCCCGGGCCACGGGUUGAGGUUCAAGACCAGGGCGGAGAGACUGAAAGCUGAGGAGGACGCCGCGAAAGGGAGGCGCCCGGCGGGCGCCAAGGAGGGGGUCGCCAAGGAGGCGGGCGCCAAAGAGGAGGGGGACGCCGCGAAUGACGGGGACGCCAAGGAGGGGGACGCCAAAGAGGAGGGGGACACCGCGAAGGACGGGGACGCCAAGGAGGGGGACGUCGCCAAGGAGGGGGACGCCAAAGAGGAGGGGGACGUCGCCAAGGAGGGGGACGCCGCCAAGGACGGGGGCGUCGCCAAGGAGGGGGACGCCGCGAAGGACGGGGACGCCGCGAAGGACGGGGAUGCCAAGGAGGGCGUCGCCAAGGAGGGGGACGGCAAAGAGGAGGGGGACGCCGCCAAGGAGGGGGGCGUCGCCAAGGACGGGGGCGUCGCCAAGGACGGAGGCGUCGCCAAGGAGGGGGACGCCGCGAAGGACGGGGAUGCCAAGGAGGGCGUCGCCAAGGAGGGGGGCGUCGCCAAGGAGGCCGAGAGGAGCCGCUCUCCUCCGCCCCCCUCAGACCCGAGUCCAGAGCUGCAGGUUUGGUCCAAACCGCCGGCGCCGCUCUGAGGCGACCUCUACGCGCACAAACCGUCCUCGUGUUCCCGCGGCGCUCGCCACGCGUCAGAGGGCCCGCGGCGCUCCGGUCGAUGCACUCGGAACAUUGUCGUGUCCGGGAUGGCGCCGCGGUGACGAGGUCUUUGGAGGAUGACCGGGGAAACGAUGUGAGCGUGUCCGUGGAGGUCAGACGAUUAUCGGGCGGGGCGAACAGGAAGAGGCGCCGCUCGGUUUGGACGGACGCCGCUCGGCACGAAACCGUGAAGUCACGCAAACCGGGAAAACCUUCUCGACUCCGUCUGUCAUCUUUUACAUUUUACGACGUCAUUUCACCAAAUGUGUUCACGAGGGAUCGCAUUUCCUGCUCAUUAUUUUAACCUUUUUUUAUUUCUUCAAGUUUGCCUGCGGUGCAUUGAUGUGUUUGUGCCUUUAAGACGAGACGCGCCGAGGAGGUCGCGGCGGUGCUCGAUGUCUGACGCUCUCUUUAAAGGCGCUACCUGUGUAAUCGUGCGUGCAUCGUUUUUUAUUUUAAUGCAAAGAUGAACAAACCAGAGGGGAACAGCUGGAGCUACGGGGACCGAGUGGAACCUGUUGUGUUUUCAAGAAUCUUCGAGUGCAGAACCGAGAAAGAAUGUCUGGACAGUGCCAAAUUAUAAUAAAAGGUGUUUAAUUGAAAAUAUUACCAAUGGUCAAUCACGGUUGCGAUACAGAGUAUAACUCAGCUGAGGGAGCACGACUCACUGCGUCCACAGACCGCCAAGCAGUUAACUGUCUAACAGAAGUCAAGCUCACUAAAUCUAAUCCUCAGCUGAGGGCUUCUCACAGGAUCACGGCCUACAUGCAGCUAACCUGCAUGCAGUGCAUCUCCUCCGUCAUCCAAAGGUCAAAAGCCUCGUCUCUCUGGUCAACAUCUGUUUUUAUACCUCCCGGGCGUCCCGGCCCCAGGGGAGAUAUCCACUUCUCAUUGGUUAACCUGUCUAGCUAAAACAUUAGUCCUGAUCCACUCAUUGGCUGAGCCGUCUGUCCGUCGGUGUUGAAAGCGUGUCCACGCCUCUUGACACUUGAAGUCAUCUGUCCCUCUGCGUCGUUCUGUCCCCUCUCUGAAUGGCAUCACAGGGGUCCUCAGGACGCCUCUCCGUCUGCUUCCCCCUUCUCUCCCAGCCAGGUGUGAACUUCGGGGGAAGGGAUCCGUUGCUGCAAUUGAUCCGUUUCUUGUCACACAGAAAGAUUCAUUUUACCAGUUACAGUAAUCCAUUAAAUAAUAAUCCACAGACAUUUACCAAACAAUAUUGUAAAUUAUUAAACAAUAACACACAUUCCAUAACAACAUGUAUGAAGUUAUGGUAUAUCAGUAAAUCCUAAUUACCUUCGCAUUGAAAAUGCCGGAAGGUUAUGUUUUGAUCGCCGUGUAUUUAUUUAUUUAUUUAUUUGUAUGCGUGUUAUUCGCAAAACUCAAAAAGUAUUGAACCGAAUCGCAUGCAAUUUGGUGGGAUGAUUGUUUAUUAUCCGGGGACCAGUUGAUGAGAUUUUGGGAUCGAUCGGGUCAAAGGUCAAGGUCAAAGGUCAUGAACAGGUCAAAAUCUUUCGCAGAACUCAAAGUAUUGAACCGAAUCGCAUGAAAUGUGGUGGGAUGAUUGUUUAUUAUCCGGGGACCAGUUGAUUAGAUUUUGGGAUCGAUCGGGUCAAAGGUCGAGGUCAAAGGUCAUGAACAGGUAAAAUCUUCUUGAAUCACAUGGAAUUUGGUGGGAUGAUUGGUUAUUAUCCGGGGACCAUUUGAUUAGAUUUUGGGAUCAAUCGGGUCAGAGGUCAAGGUCAAGGUCAUGGAAAGGUCAACAUCUUUUUUUUACCAUAGCACGAUACAUUUUUGUCCAAUUGGCAUGCAACUAAUGCCAAAAUGUUCAUAAUUCAAUGCCCAAUCUUGUGAUAUGCGAAGGUAUGCGUUCUACCAAGUGCCCGUUCUAGUUUGCAUAUUGCUUUCGGAAAUUGUCUAAUUCAACAAACCUCAGGGGAGAAGCGAUAGCUAACGCACCAUAAUCCCCCUUUGGACGCACAAGAACAUGUUUAUCCCACGAUGGCUUCAUGCUACACUUACAGAGGGCCUUGGUCUACGUGACUUUAACGUUCAUUCGACUCUUUAUUAAUUACCAAUUAGGAUAGCGUGACCUUUCAAUUAGCUUCAUGCUAGUGGCUAUCGCUCAAGCUAAUGCACUUAAAGUAUCAAAGUAAAAGAACUCAUUCUAAUAUAUAUAUAACUAAUAUAUUGUUAUAGAUGGAUUGUGAUUACUGAUCCAUCAAUGCGUAAGUAGCAUUUUGCUGUUGGUGGUUGUGGUGGAGCUACUUUGAACUCAUAGUGCAGUCUUUCCAACCUUCACACAGUUGAAUAUUUUAAGUGACUGAAUUAGAUAUAUAUUAAUUAGAUAUAUAAUAAUUAUAGAUAUAUAUAUAUUUAGGUCUUGCAGAGAAUGAGAAGAUAAUUAUUAUUUGAAGAAAAACUGAACAAAAAGGUAAAAGCUGACUUCAGGAAGCCACGUGCCUCUUAUCCACACAACGUUCUCCGUGUUUGUUUUUCUCGAGCAGUUAUUGAUUACCAGAUAUGUCUUCUCAAAGGAACAUUUCAAUUUAAAAAGGGAUACGUCUAUCUUCAGUGAAUGAUUUUCUCCUGUUUGGCCCUGAAGGUCAAGAGUGACCAUUCACAAGAUGUGUGGGUGUGUGUGUGUGUGCUCAUUUGUCUUCACACACGGGGUCCAGCUUACUCUCUGCUUCAUGUGCACAGCCUACUCUGUGUAUUCGUUUGCUCCCUUUCGCAGUUUGUGUGAGCCCACCCCCCAAAUCACUGAUUUAAUCAAGUUGGCUGCAGGAUCUCUGUCCGUUGUUCCCCCCCCCCCCCCCCCCACACCUGUAAACACAUAUGGCCUCAGGUUCAGGGAUGCAUAAACAUUGCCUCACACUAUUAGACUGAUGAGGUGAUGUCAUGUGGAUGCUGUAAUUUCUGAGCGUUGACGAUAUCUUUGCUUCGUUUUCUCGUGUCAAAAUUUAAAUAAUAACAUAUGCACAGUUAUGACUUUAUGAGAGAUUGCUACAAAGCCCAUGUGCAAAAACCGACACACACACACUCACACACACUCACUCGCACAUGUUUUCCACAUGUUUUCCAGCAGCUUGCAGCAGCCAUUGCGCGACGCCAGUUCUUGACACCAUCUACUAUUCCACUAAUCUGCAGAUGGACAUUUGCUAUAAUGCGCCAGCAAAGACAGAAGUGUAUUUUAAAUAUUUUUUAAAUGAUCUUGGGUUUAAGUGAAAGUUUUAGGGAGUGAUUUAGGCUUAUUUGUGUUCUUGCCAAGAGUUAGAUGAGAAGAUUGAUAUGUCACUCUUAUAUGUGUACAAUAAAUAGAAAUAUAUACCCAGUUAGCAUAUAGCUUAGCUUGAAGAUUUGAAACGUGGAAAAGAAACAGUUAAAUUAGUUUGAUCCACCAGGCGUAUGAACAUAGCCAAGUACUGGAUGUACUAAUAAUGACACAAGAAUAUCAUUAUUGUUGUUGUCAUCCUCGUGUUGUGUCAACGGCGCUCUGACUAUUUUUCCUAAAGUCCUGUAGGAUUGUUGGGUAACACUUAAUUUGAACCCUCCCAAUUCAACAUUUAUUUAAGUUCUGAAUAUUUUUUGUGACAUAACUUCUCCUUUUUUUCACUGUUGAAUAGAACAAAAUAUGUCAAUAAUUACAACUCUUAUGAAGCAUUAUGAAGCGUCAGCGAUGGUGCAUACAAAAUGAAAACGUGAUCAUUCAGUACACAGGGUGUCCGCGGGUCCUUAAAAAGUCUUAAAUUGCUUUUCCUAAAAAUAAGGCCUUAAAAAGUCUUAAAUUGUCUUAAAUUCAGAUUGGAUUGGUCUUAAAUUUUUUGGGUGUCAUGUCCAGGGGUUUUCCUGGGUCAAAAUGGGUCUUCGGUGCUCCCAAAAAAUAUGUUGGCGCGCUGCGCGCGCACCGUCUAUUUAUGCUGGUCAGGCUGUUGAGUGAUCAGCAGCUGUCCGCUCGGUCCAUUCGCGCACCUCACAGUUGCGUAUUGAUCAGACAAGAAGACACGCUUAUCAACUCCAGUGUUUCCCCUAUAACAGGGUGAAAUCCCCCCCCCGCAAACAAUUCUCGGCUCGCGCGACAGAGCGAUGUGCGCGCCGGCAUCGAAGCUGCCGUGAUGCGCGCACACGGGUGAGCACCGCGUAUUCGGUCCUAUCAAUCCCCUACAACGUGAAGCAUCGGCUACUUUAGAAAACAUGGCAGGAUGCAAGUUCAACAACGGCUUGAAAAGAACGAGUGUUUCUGGUCACGGUGGGUGAAAUGCUUCUGAAUCUGCGUUAUGUGUCGCGAGACUUUCCAGCGGUGGAAUCUCACGUGCAGAGCAAGAAGCACAGAGACUAGCGAAGGCCGCCAGCAGCCCGCGGGGCUAGCUGCUGCUCCGCCGCGAGCUGCUGCUCCGCCGCCCGCAACGACGUCAACUACAACGCUGGAGGUCACCGGAGGAAAUCCAGCGCCUUGCAACAAAGAGCUCAUCACCGAAGACCAACGCUGCAGUGCGUUCUUCAUUCUGUUCCACGAGACUCUGGACCAGACCACCGCGAGCAGACAGCUGGACUUCAUGUGCGCUAUUGGUGAAAUGACCACGUCCAGUCAGGAUCCUGUGGAGCUCAUGGGCCAUGACACCGCCCAGGACCUACUUCAGCACCUCAAAGAGAAUGGACCAAAUGUCAACUGGAAGUUUUUAUAUUAAUACAGUUUGAAAAGGAUUGUUUUCCUAGUAUAUUCACAAAAGCUCAGGAGUAGACAUGAACCUGUGCACAAACAUCCAUCACAUAGAGACAUGAGAACUCUCACUCACUCACCCACACACACAUACAUUCUAUUAUGUAAAUGAAUCUGCAUUUUAAAAGCAGCUGGAAAUGUUAUUUGUUAUUUUAUGGAUUUUUUUUGUUCAAAAGGAACUAUGUUGCAUGUAUUUUUUAAAUAUAUUUACUUAAUUUUAGAGACAUUUGUUCAUGGGACUUAAAUGUUCUGAAAAUGUAUUAAUAAAUAUAAUUUACAACAGCAA